AUGGAUUUUAUGUGGGUGAUCAACUUUUGAAUGUUCAGUCGGAAAUAUUUAUUCGGAACCAUCAUAUGUGUGUAUAAGAAGAAACGUGUACACAAUAUGAUCGCUAAACAGGAGAUUAAACUAAGUUGAAGGACUGAGUAAACGUUUAAAGACUGGACAUGAGUUAACAUUGUUUCAGAUGUAAACCAUACGACUAGGGAUAAAAUGUUACGUUUAUAGUCAAAAAUUGCUAACAAAAAGAGAGGAAUUCAGGAAUUGGAGUGUAAACUUAAAUACCUUUUAUGUUGGUUCCCAUUUGGCCUUCUGACGAUUAAAAGGAGUACGCCUUUGAAGAGUAAGUGCUGUAAGCGCUUACUGUGCCAACUACUGUCUGCAAGAGACCGAAGUGGAUACACCAACUAACGCAGGAGAUAACGUCCCGAAGAAGAAUAAUGGCAACAGCUCUAUUUGCAACAUUGGUGGCAGUCAUUGGGCUUGUGGUUGUUACAUUGGCGGCUGCAGAUCCUAUAAGAGAACGCGUUAACUCAGAUGAGGAGGCUGGAUUCUUCCACGAUCUUGUAUCUCCAUUCUUGCGUAGAGAACGUCUGCGUCGUCAACUAGAUCCUAACGACCCGUUCCGAUACAAGACUGAUCGAACAAAGAACAGUAUCACAUGGCACGAGAGGGAGAACUUUAUCAAAAAGCACAAUGAAUACAGGUCUUCAGUCGUACCCCAAGCUGCAAAUAUGGAGUUUAUGGACUGGGAUGAGGAAUUGGAGGUGCUGGCCCAGGAGUGGGCAGAUGCGUGUGUAUGGAGCCAUGGACAACCAGACAGGGAUUCCUACCCCUAUAGUUUCAUAGGCCAGAACAUACAGGCGUGGGAGUGGACCUAUGAUGAAGAACGAUCAAUGGACUCCUGGUACAUAGAAAAGAACGAUUAUACUUAUGAAACAAACAGUUGUGCUCCUGGAAAACAGUGUGGUCACUACACAGCGGUGGUUUGGGCAACAACAAAUAAAAUCGGAUGUGGUAUAGCGUAUUGCCCAAAGAUAAAGAAUUCUAUUGAUGAUGGCUAUUAUAUUGUAUGCAAUAUGGGACCAGGGGGGAAUGCCCAGGGUCAGUGGCCAUAUAUAUCAGGCACCCCCUGCUCUCAGUGCCCUGUUGGAAAGACAGAUUGUGAAAAUAAUCUAUGCAGAUAUUCCAACCGAUGUCUUGGAAAAACGUGUAGCAAUGGCGGUACUCUGAUGGGAGAUACCUGUCUAUGCAUGUGUCCGUUAGCUUACACAGGGGAAACAUGUGAGACAGAAACCAACGUUGAGUUCAGGGCAACAUUUGACGAUAAUGUUUGCUUUACUCCUGGUGAUAACUUGUGUUUCACUGACACAAAUCAAAAUUUUCCUUGGGUCAGGCAGAAUGAGACGACGCCAUCAGGGUAUACAGGUCCAUACACCGAUCGUACACGAGGCAGAGAGGAAGGUCAUUAUGUGUUCAUCGAGACAACUGGUGACACCCCACCAUCAGGGGAGAGGGCUGGUUAUCUUACCCCAUUAUUCAACGUGAAAGAUGGCAGCACAUUAGAGUUCUAUUACCACAUGUAUGGGGACACCAUCAGCACAUUAAACGUCUACACACAAGAGGGAAACAGCAAGCAGAUCAUCUGGACCAAGAGUGGAGAUCAGAAUUGGCACUGGUACAGGGCACAAGUGAACAAUCUGCCUGGGGGAUCAUAUCAGUUUCUCUUUGAGGCAGUGAAAGGAUCCAGUUUUACUGGGGAUAUAGCCAUUGAUGAUGUGUCUCUCAUAAAGCCAGCUACAAUACAACCAUCAACACCAGCUCCUAUUACAGAAAUUGAAUUUGAAUGUUCAUUCGACACUGAUCUUUGUGAGAUGACCCAGAGUCAGAUUGAUGAAUUUGAUUGGACAAGGCAGAGUGGAGGUACUCAGUCUGGUGGCACUGGGCCUCAGACUGAUCACUCAGGAACAGGAUCCUACAUAUACGCAGAGGCAUCUCCCCCUGUGGAGGCAGGUGAUAUAGCAGAAAUACAAACUCCUCUCCUUACACGUACUGGGAUCAGUAGACGUAAGCUGGAGUUCUACUACCACAUGCGAGGAUCUGAUAUGGGUACCAUAAAUGUCUACACAGAGACAGAAACAGCAAGAGUCCUCAGAUGGACCAGAACAGGUGACAAUGGCGAUAGAUGGUCUUUGGCAUCAGUUGAUCUUCCAACAGGUACCUAUUCACUAGUGUUUGAGUACAUCAGGGGCCUUGACUGGCGUGGCGACCUUGCCCUUGAUGACAUGAAAGUCAUACUUUACACAGAUGUCACUGCUCCAACUGAUGCUCCAACAACUGCUGCAACAACUGCUGCUCCAACAACUGCUGCUGCAACAACUGCUGCUCCAACA